UGCUGAAGGCCUACCCGAAAAACACAAAUUUUAUUUUAUUUAUUCAUGUAUUUGCUUGUUUGCUUGUUUUUAUUUACACCUGCCAGUCCACGAUGUAAAUGAAGUUUGCCGUUUCCCUCGGAUGGGCAGCUAAACCAUGGACCUUAAAGGAAUUCUGCGAAUAGACCAACUGCUGAUUUGGAUCUCGUGAGCCUCGCAUUGCCAUUGACGCCAUGAGGAUUAGCACCACCUCCUGCCUCUGCCCCUUCCUGGUGUGCCUCUGCUUCGUUCCUCGGGGCUAUGGUGACGGGCACCAUGGACCAGCUGGGACGCCCCCCAGGAACCAGAGCAGGCCUCCCGAGGGCGAGACAGAGGUGCACCACCGGCCCAAGCGUGGCUGGAUCUGGAACCAGUUCUUUGUUUUAGAAGAGCACAUAGGGCCGGACGCUCAAUACGUGGGAAAGCUUCAUUCAAACUCGGAUAAAGGCGAUGGGUCGGUGAGGUACAUCCUGACGGGUGAAGGGGCAGGGACGAUAUUCAUCAUCGAUGAGGUAACUGGGGACAUUCACGCCACCAAGAGCCUUGACCGUGAGCGAAAGACGCAUUAUGUGCUGCACGCUCAGGCCAUCGACCGGAAUACAGAAAAGCCCCUGGAACCCGAGUCGGAGUUCAUCAUCAAGGUCCAGGACAUCAACGACAACGCGCCCAAGUUCCCCGACGGACCAUUUGUGGCUUCUGUUCCUGAGAUGUCUGAAGUCGGUACUUCCGUGUUCCAGGUGACGGCAACGGAUGCAGACGACCCCACCUACGGCAACAGCGCUCGGGUGGUCUACAGUAUUCUACACGGGCAGCCCUACUUCUCGGUGGAUCCCAAGACAGGCAUCAUCAGAACUGCUCUGGCUAACAUGGACCGUGAGGCCAGGGAACACUACGCCGUGGUGAUUCAAGCGAAGGACAUGGCGGGUCAAGUGGGAGGCCUCUCUGGGUCGACCACAGUUAACAUCACGCUUACCGAUGUCAACGAUAACCCUCCCAGGUUCCCACAAAAGAACUAUCAGCUUUACGUGCCUGAGUCUGCCCAGGUGGGCAAACCGGUGGGCAAGAUCCGCGCCAACGACGAGGACCUGGGCGUUAAUGCAGAGAUAAAGUACAGCAUCAUCAACGCUGAGGGUGCCUCUGUCUUCUCCAUCGCCACGGACAGAGACACAAGAGAGGGCAUCAUCUCCUUGAAAAAGCCCUUGAAUUUUGAGAAGAAGAAAGCCUACACACUCCACAUUGAAGGGGUCAAUACACACCUGGACCCACGAUUUGCCUACCUGGGCCCCUUCAAGGACACAGCCACGCUCAAGAUUACAGUCGGCGACGUGGACGAGCCACCCAUCUUCUCCAUGGAUUACUACAUCAUGGACGUUUAUGAAAAUGCACCAAUAGGGACGGAGGUGGGGGCUGUGACGGCACGCGACCCCGACAGCACCAACAGCGCCAUCAGGUAUUUCAUUGACCACAGUGGUGAUGGGGAUAAGUAUUUCUCCAUCGACGCCCACAGUGGAGUCAUAGCAACCACACAAAGUCUGGACCGUGAGGAGACACCCUGGCUCAACGUGACUGUUAUCGCCUCGGAGGUUGACAACCCCAGUCUCCUCAGUCACGUCCCCGUCACGGUUCAGGUGUUAGACGUGAACGACAACCCGCCUGAGAUCUCAGCCGACGGCGAGGUCAUUGUGUGCGAGAGCUCCCGGCCUGGUCAGGUGAUCCAGACAAUCAGCGCCGUGGACAAAGAUGACUUCGCAAACGGUCUGCGGUUUUCUUUCUCCAUGCCGAGCAACAUGCCUGUCAAUCCCAACUUCACACUCAAGGACAACGAAGACAACACUGCCAGCAUUGUGGCCCGGCGGCGCCGAUUCAGCCGGACCAGCCAGGAGCUGUACCAGCUGCCCGUGGUGGUGGCAGAUGGAGGCGAACCAGCACUUAGCAGCACGGGCACGCUGACCCUACGUGUGUGCUCUUGCGGGCGGAGCGGGAUGAUGCGCACGUGCCAGUCAAGCGCCUUCCUGUCUUCAGCCGGGCUCAGCACCGGGGCCCUCAUCGCCAUCCUGCUCUGCGUUGCCAUCUUGCUUGCGAUCGUUGUACUGUUUAUUGCACUCCGGAAGGGCAAGAAGGAACCCUUGAUCAUAUCUGAAGAGGACGUGAGAGAGAACGUGGUUACAUACGACGACGAGGGUGGAGGCGAAGAGGACACCGAGGCAUUUGACAUCCUUGCUCUGCGGAACCCGUCUGCUGCCGAGGAGUUGAAGUUCCGGCGGGAUGUCCGGCCCGAGGCACUGGGGCGAACAGCAAUCCCGCCCCCAGCGUUGACCCCACCGCUGGUGCUAGACAGCGCUGAUGUACAGGCCUUCCUCGCCCGUCGGCUGGCAGAGGCCGAUGGUGACACCAGUGUGCCCCCUUAUGACUCCCUCCAGACGUACGCCUACGAAGGAGAGGGCUCACCUACGGGCUCCGUCAGCUCACUGGGCUCGGCCGGCACGCACUCAGAGCAGGACUACAGCUAUCUGGAUGACUGGGGGCCCGAGUUUCAGAAACUGGCAGAACUCUACGGAGAGGUCCAGUCAGGCUUAACCACCUAGCCUGUGUCCCUGUACAACAGCCCCUCACCAUCCUUCCGUUUAACAAUAAAGAGAAAACCUUUCGAACU